AGCUUCUCAUCGUCUGAAAAUCUGGAAAAAGAUAGAGAGCAGUUGAAAUGUGUAAGGUGAGUGUGUUAAAUGUUCUCAUGUGGAUACUGUUAGUAGCAGUAGUCUCCUACGGCCACGAUGACUCUGCCCAGCCCAAGCCAUCAUCAGGACCAUCAGACCAUAUCAACAACCCUCAGUCAUUUCUCGACCGUCCGUUGGCCCGAAAGAUGAAACCAAUGCCCCAGAACUGGCAGUCUCAGCCUCAACACUGGCCCUUGCCACCUAAGCACGAGAACCCACCAUCUCAACCAUGUCCGCCACCACAAUCAGGGCAAAAGCCCCCACCGCAGUCCGGGCAGUCACCACCAUCUCAACAAUAUCCGCCACCACAAUCCGGGCAGCAUCCACCACCACAGUCCGGACAACAGCCCCCACCGCAGUCUGGGCAGUCGCCACCAUCUCAACAAUAUCCUCCACCGCAAUCUGGGCAACGGCCUCCACCGCAUGGUGGGAAACCGCCACCAUCUCAACAACAUCCACCACCACAGUCUGGGCAACAGCCCCCACCACAAUCUGGGCAGUCGCCGCCGUCUCAACAAUAUCCACCGCCACAAUCUGGGCAGAAGCCUCCACCACAAUCUGGGCAGUCGCCACCACAUCACGGUCAUCCACCACCACAGUCCGGGAAGUCACCACCAUCUCAACAACAUCCGCCACCACAGUCUGGGCAACCGCCUCCACCACAAUCUGGGCAGUCACCGCCGUCUCAACAGUAUCCACCACCACAAUCCGGGCAGCAGCCUCCACCACAGUCCGGGCAGUCGCCACCACCUCAACAGUAUCCCCCACCACAGUCCGGGCAAAAACCUCCACAUCACCACCUUCCACCACCACAGUCAGGGCAAUAUCCCCCACCGCAGUCCGGGCAGUCACCACCAUCUCAACAGUACCCACCACCACAGUCUGGACAGCCACCACCAUCUCAACAUCAUCCACCGCCGCAGUCCGGGCAGAAGCCCCCACCACAGUCCGGGCAGUCACCGCCAUCUCAACAGUAUCCACCACCACAGUCCGGUCAACACCCCCCACCGCAAUCCGGGCAGUCUCCGCCAUCUCAACAGCAUCCGCCGCCGCAGUCCGGGAAGCAGCCACCACAUCAUGGAUGCCCACCACCCUCUCAAGGGCAGCAGCCACAGCAUGGCCGACACCCAGGACCUUCCUAUGGGGAGCCACCGCACACGGCGGAGCUUCUUGCUUAGUAUCAUACAGUGCUAGGAAUGCUAAUUCCACACGCUCCAUCUUCAAGAACAAAACACAUGCACACGUGAGUAGGAUCAGGGACGUCCAUAAAAUGGUCCUCGAGAUGAAAGUUCGUGAAAUUCCGGCCGCCAAUUUUAUCAAGUGGGUCAUAAUGUAGUGGGCCGACCUACACACGUGCCAACUUGGCAUGUGUGCUUGGUCAUUGAGGUGGGCCAUCUGGAAUUAGCAGUCAUCAGAGGCAGUAAUAAAGAUAAUGUAGAUGUACGUACGGUCUUAGUUCAACCUUAAAAGUGUAAUAACGGUUUGAUUUCGAUCAACGCAGAUAUAAUAUGUACUUAAGCUAUCUUCUAUC